AUGAGAAAGUUAUGGAUUUUGGGAGUAACGAUUCUGCUGCUGUUUUUGCUAUCCGCUUGUGGCGGAGCCGAGGAAUCUCCUGCUGAGGAGACAGCCGAGACCGAGGCUCCCGCCGCCGCCUCGACCGCCGCUGCCAUCCAAGCGGACACGCCAGUGCCCGCAACGGAGGUUGUCCAGGCUACGGAAGAGCCCACAAUGGCGGCAGCACGGGAGCAGGAACCCGAGGAGGUAUCCGAGACAGCAGUUUCGGCGAAACUGCAGGCGUACGCCGACGAGUCUGCCAAUGGUCCCGGGGCGAUAUACGUGGGUGAUCUCAACCAACUGGUUGGCCCCGCCGCUACGCUUGAGCAAGGGGACUUUGACGGAAACGUGACGUUGGGCGCAUUGCAGAAUCACCUGUACGUUUUCGAGUCCGACUAUUACAAGGGCCUCCUCGAACAGGCGAACGUGGAGAACCCGACUCAAUUGGCGGAGAGGGAUGAAGUCUUUACCAUCCAGCACGCCUGCCUGAACCGCGCCCUGUCUUUCUGCAAAGUAAUCGAGACCUUUUACUUCCCGAACGUGGCGGAGCGUACGAAUGGGCAGGUGGACUUUGUGAUGUCGUCCUUCCCCGAGCUGGGGCUGGGUGGGCCGGACAUCCCGAACCUGCUGGCGGCCGGCACGCUGGACGCGGGCAGCGUCGUGGGGCCGUAUGUGGCCGGACAGGUGCCUGCUCUCGAGAUCCAAUACUUGUUCGGUCUGUUCACGGAACGGCAGCAACAAUAUUUCACAACGGCCGCCAUAGCGCCUGAAGUUGAGGCGCUCUUGGAGGAAUCGACCGGAGGCGGCAAGCUCGUCAUAAAGGAAUGGGCCUCGGGGAACGACUUCUUCUUCUUCAGCAAGAAGCCUUUACUGACCCCGGAAGACUUUGAGGGGGUAAAAACCCGCGCCUUCGGAACCUCCAUUUCCGACUGGAUAAUCGGUAUGGGUGCCGACGCCCAGUUCGUGGCUUUCGCCGAGGUCUACACCGCCCUGGAGCGCGGCAUUCUGGGGGCUGGCGUAACUGGAGGCGACGCUGGGUUUGGGCAGCGCUGGUAUGAGGUAGCCGACUACUUAACCGGCCCCUUGACCAGCUGGCCCGCCAACGACAUGGUUAUGAACAAAGAUAUCUGGGAAGGCCUGCCCCCCGACCUGCAGGCGAUAGUCAUGGAAGAGGCCGCCAAGGCUGAAAUGGAGAUGCUGCGGCUUGGUGCCAUCCAGAACGAGAUGGGGCUCAGGAAGCUCACCGAGAUAGGUGAGAUGGAGUUUACGGAGUUCUCCCCGGAAUUAAGAGCCAAGAGCGACAAGGCAGUUAUUGAGGGCGUGAUUCCGAACUGGGCCAGCCGUGUUGGACUGGACUCUCCCUGGAUAGAUGUGUUCAACGAGAAGUUUUCCAAUGUGGUGGGGUAUUUUAUCCAGGAAGACGGUACGGUAAUCAAAGUCCCGAUCACGGAGUAA